UUCGCCAUCUUGGUCUCCUACCCAGACGUAGGAAAUUGGCCCCAUAUCGAAGGUUAUGACAUGGAAGAAGUGACAGCUGACUUAACAAAGGAGCUCCAAAUUGUGGCAGACCACAUCGGAAACGAUUGGAAACGCCUCCUUCGCUACCUUAGCCUGAAAGACAACGACCUGGACGUAGUUGACCACGACUACAAGGCUGACGGCCUUAUCGAGAAAGCCUACCAAGGUCUCCGCAAGUGGAAACAACAGGAAGGCAACGAGGCGACGAUGCAGAAGCUCCUGGCAGCCCUGAAGACGAUUGGUCGGCGCGACGUGAUCGAGAAGCUGCCGGCUGGUCGUCCUCCGGACAUCGCUGCAGGGCCAAGUGUGCCCAGUCACGUCCCGUAUGAUCUGACUGAGCGCACUGUGCCUAAGCAGCCGAUGUCGGAGGACAUCCCACACUCCAAGAAACGCAAGCGCCUUCCAGGGUUCCUGAAAACCCUGUGGAAGUCGGUCUGAAGUCAGACCGAGUGCCUGGCAUGGCAUUCAUUGAAAUCACGUGAUGCCGGAAAUGUAGGGCCUUGUCAUUCCCUCCAUCCAUGCGCCAACAUAGCUUCCUUUACAGGCGUUCCGGGGCGCUAAGAGUUUCAGGGUGCUUACUACCCCCCCCCCCCCCAAAAAAA